AUGAAACCAUUUACGACAUUCUCUUGCACUUCUUCAUUAGGUAGUUUUAGUAACAAAGAUGAUGAUAAGAGAAUCGAACCUCUCAACCUUUUUCCGGGCAAAGCUGAGAGCUUCUCGAGUGUUAAGGAUUUUAACAACGCGAAGAAGUUUAACAACAAUGAAAAAGGAGGAGAAGAUGAUGAUAAUGAUGGUGUUACAGUUGCCUUGCACAUCGGGUUACCUAAUCAUGAUAACUUGGUAAGGAAGGGAAAUGGAAAUAAUGUUGGUGAUAAUAAUAAUAAUCAACUUCGAAUGAUGACUAAUAAUUAUUGGAUACCAAGUGAUGUUCAAAUUCUAGCAGGGUUCACCCAUUUUUCUUGCCACCUUUGUAGUAAGACCUUCAACCGUUACAAUAAUCUUCAGGUAAUUGUUCCUUUUUCGUUUAUUGCAUUUUAG